CUCUACCCUCCAUACACGGACAGAAGUAAACAUUAUCAAUAUUUUGAUUAUUGAUAUCGAAUUCGAAAUCUAACUGAUUUCUUUUGAACUUUCAGCUGAAUGACUUCAUGGUAUAAUCUAACAGAAUAUAAUGUCAGCUAACCAAUUUUCCUAUAAUUAUGUUAUGUUGUGUUAAAGUGAUGUUAAUUAAGAUGAUGAAAACUUUUCUAUCCAUCAAAUGAUAUAUGACAUAAGAAUGCAUUAUCAAAAGAUCAUAGAAUGAAUUUUGAUUUCCUGAGGCGGUAUCAAGGCAUGAUACUAUUCAGUAUAUUAUUCUUUUAUUUAGGUUGUGGAAUUACCUUGAGUUUGGUUAGAAUUGAUUGUGCAUCAAACCCUGUUGCUUUUGUAAAAAGUUUUGAUAACACUCUAGACAAAAUUGAAUAUGCAGUACUUAUUUUGAGCAGUCCUGACAAUGAAUUAAAGAGGGAUGCCAUACGUACAACAUGGGCUAGUUUUAUAAACAAUAUAUUUGUGGAAAAUGGUGAAAAGCUGUACAGAUGGAAUUACACUUGGGCAGGAAAGAAAUUAAACCUGGGGAUUAUAAAACCAUACUUUGCUAUAGGAAUUCAAAAUCUAGAUAAAACAAAGCGGGCAAAGUUACAUUUAGAGGAAAGUAGAAGCAAAGAUAUGUUAUUGUUGGAGAAUUUCGAAGAUGGCUAUAAAAAAUUAGCAUCCAAGUUGAUUCACUCUUUGGAGUGGUUGAGUAAGAAUUUGAGGGAAUUGAAAUAUGUUAUAAAAUGUGAUGAUGAUUCUUUUGUGAGAGUUGAUCUGAUUGUAAGAGAUCUUGAAGCUUACGCCCCUGAGAUGAAAGGACACAGUAUCAGCAAUUAUGUCUCCAGGAAGGAUAGUCUUUCUGAAUAUAAAGGAUUGUAUUGGGGUUAUUUUAAUGGACGUGCGCCCGUAUUUAAAAAAGGCAAAUGGCAGGAAAAAGCAUGGUUUCUUUGUGACACAUACCUGCCAUACGCACUGGGUGGUGGAUAUGUAAUUUCUCGCAGCAUAGUAGAUUACGUCGCUAGGAAUUCUGAUUUGUUAAGUAACUACAACUCUGAGGAUGUAUCAAUGGGCGUGUGGACAGCUGCCCUUGAUGCCAUCAACAGGGUCCAUGACACAAGAUUUGACACAGAGUGGAUAUCGCGAGGUUGUGACAAUUCCAUGCUGGUACGACACAAACAAACGCCUAGCGACAUGUUCCAAAUGUACACAACUUUAAUACAUUCACAGGGAUUAAAACUCUGUAAGACUGAUUUUACUUUAAGAAAGUAUUAUAAUUAUAAUUGGAAUGUUUUGCCAAGUUCGUGCUGUAAAAAAAAUCCUAGUCCUGAAGUGUAACUGCAGCUGCUGUAAUUAAUUGUGGUAUUGUUAAAACUAUAGGUACUCGAGAAGUUAGCCUCAUGUACUUUUUUUUAAAUUCUGGACAGUAGUCCCCUCUCUAUAUUUAUUUGACUCGGGGUCGUGAAAGCGGUGGGAGAACCCCAUCGACAUUUAACUCGCAUAAGGCAAAAUACAACCCAAAUAUUUUCUCGAACAGCAACACUUCAAAUCUAAUAUAUAAUAAUCCCUUACUCCUUUCUGUUGGUAAAGUAUACUUACAGAACACUAAGCACUACCUACCGUACGAGUAACUUUAUAUGGAGUAUAAUUGUUUUUUGAAAUAGCCCAGAAGUCUUACUACUUACUUAAAAUAGAUCCGUUCAUAUCAGUUAUACUUCCUGUAGUACAAUACCUUGAUUAGUCCUUGAAAUGUCUUCUAAUACCUCUUAACAAUCUGUCAGCCGUUCCAGAAAUAGUAAGACAAAAACCAUAAAGCCUUUGAUUGUGGCUAUUGUUUAAUUAGCAUGGGAAGUUAUUUUUAAAUAACUGCUAUUAUAUUUAUUUGUCUAUGCGUUAUUUCGUUAAGGAUAGAACAAAAUAAUAAAACAAUUGAACAACAAAAAUUGACUUUUAUUU